AUGAAAGCAUCGGCAAUCGCUCAUUUAUCUUCAAGCAAAGCGAACCAUAAUGCAAAUAAUCUUUCCUGUGGAAAAACUAUUCCAUUACCACCACCAGGACUUGUGCGUUUAUUACCAGCGUUGUCACCGAUGUAUCCGCUUAUACCAAAUGUUCGUCCAGUAGCUCCACCAGCACCUGGACAAAAUCCAUUCAAUUCCGUAACUGCACCGCGAAAAGAUUCCAAUUGUGAUACAUUUUCGUAUUGCCGUGGAACUGAGUUCAGUCGAUUUAAACAGCAAGCAAAUCGUUCCAAUUUUCCACAUUGUCGAAGUAAUUCACGAGCAAAGCAAAAUAACAGAAAACAGUACUUUCUGCCAUAUAUGAAUAAAGAUAGCGGAAAAUUGCGAAUCAGUUCCAAUAAGCAUGAUGAAGCUUAUGUGGAUAUAGGCGAUGAUAACCAAGAUAUUUUAGUCCUUGGAAUUCAAGAUCGAAAUAGAGCUUUGCAUGGUGAUAUUGUGGUUGUUCGUAUUAAAGAGCGUGAACGCUGGGCGGUACGCGAUGUAUUAUAUUUUGCAUGGCGAGAAGGGAAACUGAACGAACGAAUGGAUGAUGAUGGACAGUUGAUCACAGUGCCCCCGGUAAAAUUGGCCACCAAUAAUUUUAUAUGUCAUACAUCAAUUGCUUCUUUCAAGAGCAAUUGUGAUGGGAAUUAUGACAAGAAUAUAGCUGUAAGCUCUAAUUUCGUUACUAUAAUACGACAAAAUGGUAAUGGUGGCGAUAAUUGCCGCUUUAAUAGACGUUUAUUAAUGAAUAUGUCGAGCGAAGAUUGGGGAAUGCCUGAUUUAUGCCUUCAAAAGACAGCAGAGGUUGUUUUCAUCGUUGAAAAGAGAAAUUGUCGAGCUGCUGUAGGAAUAUUAAAGAAUUUCGUUGAUAAAAAUCGCAAUUUUGCGCUAUUUUUACCGAUUGAUUCCCGUAUUCCUCGAAUGGUGAUACCGGUUGAAGAAAUACCAAAUAACCUGUUUGAUCAAUCACAGUUAUCUUCACGAUUUAUUUAUUUAGCUAACAUAGCUGAAUGGAAUAUAAGGGACCGGAAUGCCCGUGGUAAGUUGUAUAAAAGGCUUGGUGUAAUGGGUGACCUGGAUGCUGAAACAGAAGGAUUAUUAUUUACGAACAAUAUUGAUACUCGAGAAUUCUCACCUGCCGUAUUGUCUUCAUUACCGAUCACAGAAAAUGUUGACUGGAAAAUCGAUGAAAAAGAAUUUAAGUAUCGACGAGAUUUUCGUGAUGAAACAGUUUUCGCAAUAGAAUCAUCAGCUAUUCAUGAUCGAGAUUUUGCUAUGCACUUGAGGAGACUCCAAAUUGAAAAUAACCAUGGUCCAAUAUUUGAAGUCGGUGUUCAUGUUCCUGAUGUAUCUCAUUUUGUUCAGCCAGGUACUGAGCUUGAUAAUUGGGCAGCAAGUCGUGUCACCUCUAUACGCUUGGUACAAAAGAUAAUUCCAAUGUUGCCAAAAAUAUUAACGGAUGAUCUUUGUCUGCUGAAACCGGGAAUAAUUCGUCUCACUUUUUCGGUUUUAUUAAAGAUUGACGAAAAUGGAAAAAUUUGUAGCAUAUGGUUCGGCCGUUCUAUUGUUCAACUAAAUCGCAAGUUUACAAAUGAAACUGCAGAAAUAGCUAAACAGUUCCGAACAAAACGCUUAGGCCCCCAUUUUCGAACUUCGGUACCACCAAAAUUUGAAUUAAAACUUGAAAGAAACAAUGAUCUUUGUGAUGAUUUGUUAAAAAUUGAGUAUAGUAAUGUUGAUUUGUUGAUGGAUGAAUUUAAAAUUUUAACCAAUAUGUACGUUGCUCGAAAAAUUUUAUAUACAUUUCCCGAAAUUGCAAUAUUAAAAAAGCAAGAAAUACCCAAACGAAAGGGCUUAUUAAAGGUAUUAAAAAAUAUUGUGGAACAAUGCGUGAAGCUUUUUGAUUCAGAAAAUGGACUUUGCUGUACAUUUGCUGAUUGCAUCAAUGGUCAUCAUGCAAGUGAUGAUCUAGCUGUAUGCUUUAAAGAAUCACCUAUUGCCCAGAUAUACGACGCAUUACAGCCUGCUUAUUAUUAUGCUGGUGGAGUGGAUAAUAAUUAUGCGGAUUUCAAAUAUUCGGUUCCAGUUUAUACAAAUUUCACAUCGCCAUGUACAAGAUAUCCUGAUAUAAUGGUUCACCGUUUGCUAUCAGGCGCAUUGCGGUAUUCUCUUCCACCUGGUUUGUUAAGUAAAGAAUUGAAAGAAGUACUUGAUUAUUGCAAUGAGAAAUGUCAAAUAGCUACAAAUAUUGAGGAGGCGAAUUUUGAGAUGUUUUUUAGUUCACUGAUAACGAGGAAAGGUCCGAUGGUACUUAAGGCUAUUGUUGUAGGUUUAUUUAAGACGCAUCUUAACGUCGUGCUUUCCGACUACGGUUGGAUUAAAGCAAUCUUUUAUAAUUCUAUGCGGAAAACAUUGUGUGAAGCACGUUUUCAGAAUGGAUAUCGCCCUACUCUUAUCCUUUAUUGGCCAUCAUUGUGCGAUCAAAAUGAUAAUGAAUAUAUUAAAAGUGUUAUCAGACUUGGUUCCAUAGUCGACAUUAUACUUGCACCAGCGCCAGAUAGCAAUAAAUAUAUUGUGACCCUGAAAGCACCUGAAACCCGCGAAUUUCAAUGA